CUACAAUCUAAGUCAAGGAAAUGAAUAAAUAUAUACAAUUCAUUUAUACGCCGUUGAGUGCAGACGUGACAAUGUAUAGUGAGUGGAUCCUGUUACCCUUACUCAUCGUGGUUACGGCAGCCAAAACGCCCUAUAGUUACAUCAACAAAUGUUGUCCAGAAAAUUACGUCGUAGGCUACAGAAAAGCAUGCAUCCCAGCGAAUAGCACAACCACUAUCCCCUCAAAUUUAAAAGUAUACAACAAGGGCAUUGUGUACGUUGGCAACUUUAGUGACAUAUUUCGCAUCAAGCAGUACAAGUUUGCAGACAGGGCUUUUAGCAGCGCCGCAGUGGAUAUUCAGCCGAUGCCAGACAACAACCGUUUUAUUAUUGAGAAUGGCGGACUUGAAUGGGAGCAUCCGAAUUCGUACAACCGAUGGAUUGGUAUACCUCCUUCGAACUUCUGUAUCGACUAUAGGUUCAUAGAGAAGAAAAAUCUAACAAGACUUGGUUACUGGAUCACAAUACCCGGUAGCAAAGACACACCAAAGAGCAGCAUGUUUAUGACUUGUGCGACGCUGGUGUCCUGCUUCUUCAUGCUGUUGGUGCUGAUAGUGUACUCCUUACUGCCUGAACUCCAGAACCUAUGUGGUCUUAUCCUCAUGGCGUAUGUCGCCAGUCUGUUCAUGGCCUUCUUACUUUUGGCCAUCAUUCAGAUAAAAGUUCAUCCCUCGAUCACCUGUGUUGGAUUGACUUUUUCUAUCUACUUCUUCUUUUUGGCGAGUUUCUGCUGGAUGAGCGUGAUGUCAUACGAUAUUUGGUGGACUUUCAGAGGUUACGCUAAAGCCAGACCCAUCCAUCGUCGUGGAGAACGGUUUAAAUUCAUGAUGUAUUGCCUAUACGCGUGGGGUCUACCAUUGGCCAUGACUAUAGGUCUAGGUGUCCUUAACACUGUCGACAUGAAACAUCUGCCUUGGUUUGUGACUCCUCACAUACCAAUCCACGGCUGCUUCAUUGAAGGAGGUGAGAAGCUGUUAUACUUAUACAUGCCAAUGUUGAUUUUGAUUCUUUGCAAUUGGAUAUUCUACAUCUUGACUGCGUUCAAUAUUUGGAGGUUAAGUCGGGGAACUGCUAUGCUUGAUACUGCAGCAGCCGGUACGCCACAAGCACAUCGCACACACAGACAAAGAUUCAUGGUAUACCUCAAACUGUCAGUAGUGAUGGGAUUGAAUUGGUUGUUGGAAAUCAUCAGUUUCUUAUAUCCUGGCUUCAAGAUGUGGUAUUUAACUGAUUCGUACAACAUCCUCGUUGGAUUGGCCAUAUUCCUGAUAUUUGUAUGCAAGAAGAAAAUACUUAAGAAACUGGAUAAACGAUUCUUUCGCAUGCACGAGAAAAUGCACUGGAAUCCAUCGUCGAAGAGUUAUACCAGCAGCAUAUCGGAUUCAAACCAAGAAGCAGUUACUUUACAGAGUAAAAUUUCUUCUCAACCAAACGGCAUAGCGUUACACAACAGAAGUAGAAUGGACUAAAGGAGGAAAACAGCAUCCAAUCCUUUGAAAAAAGAAUUUUGCAAGAAAUUUGAAAUGCUGAAUAGAUUGACUGGAGCUCUAAUUAUAAUAACCGAUAAGGACGCGUCGAACGCCAUCAACUCAAUAAUGUUUCGCCGUGUGGUUGAGGUUACCAUAGGUCCAAUUCCUCCACCUCCUAGGGGGAGGUUGGCCUUUGCCAAUCCUUAAAUACACGAAACCCUUAUCCCUAAAAGGCUGGCAACGCACUCGUAACUCAUUUGGUGUUGCGGGUGGCCAUGGGCGUCGCCAAUUGCUUACGAGGAAAAAUAACGUACCUUAGUUGUGUCCCAUAGUCUGGUUGUGUUUAACUGUUUUUACAAGGUUUUAAAUGGUUUUUGUCAGUUGGUAAUAAAAUAUGGUAACGGUAAUUAGGAGAGGGACCUAAUUGGAGAAUUACCAAAAUAAUGUAGGAGAAAUGAGAGUAAGGUAGUUUAUUUAAAAUAACUACACACUCGCAAAUUAAUUGAGAAAAACUCUAAUAAUUUCAAGUCACAGCGGGACUCUUAUUCAUGAGCAGAGUGCGCGUAGCGGCGACGUCGCUUCCAAGAAAACUAUCGAGCGUAUAAUUAGUUAGUUUUUAAAUAAUACUUCAAUACUCAUUCGUUAAGUAAUUACUUUAAGUGUAUUGUAUAUAAAAGAUAAUAAGUACCUUGUUGUAUAAGGACACAAAAAGUGAAGCAAAAACAUAAUACAUACUUAUAUGUAUGUGUAAUAUGUAUUUAUACUUAUACUUAUACUAAUAAUAUUAUAAAGAGGUAAAAUUUGUAAGUUUGUAUGUAGGGGGGAAUCUUUGGAAAAACUAGUCGGAUUCUCAAAAUUCUUUCACUUAUUAAUAGCUACAAUGUUCCUGAGUGCUAUAGGCUAUAAAACAUCACGUUACAAUCAAAUGGAGCUGAGCAACGAGUGAAACCGCGCGGGAGUAGCUAAUUUGGUAUAAAAU